GGGGAGCGCAGUCUAGCGGGGAGGGACUUUAACGGGUCUCUCUUCUUUAAAAGUAGAUUUAUUUCUUUACGGGCACACAAAUUAUCACUUUUGAGGGACGCAUUCACUCGUGGAGCGACAUCAGAAGACGCAAACAUGGGAAGAGCGAAUGUGUGGCUGAAACGGGCUUUUAUUUUCGUGAUAAGUCUGAUCGCGAUAAUCGGUUUGUUGCUGCUGGGAUUCAGUCUUUUUACCCAUGGAUACUUACACCAACAGGAAGAGGCAGAACGCGAGAUUGUAGCCAUACGUGUUAUGUCUGUUAUUGCUGUUGUAAUUAUUCUCUUGACCAUCUUUGGCGCAAUCGGUGUCUGGAAAGAGAAACGGUGGGCUCUAAUAGUGUAUGCAGUUGGAAUGAUUCUGAGCAGUCUUGUCAUGUUGGUGCUUAAUAUUCGAGGACUGGCUUCACAAUCUCAGGUACGUGAAGAAGUGAAGAAGCAGUACCUGAACUUUUUACCCCUGGUUAAUUCUACUGAAGUCCUCGAUGAUAUACAGACAGAAUUGCAGUGUUGCGGACUUGAGAGCUACCAGGACUGGAAGUUCAACAUCCCAAAUUCCUGCCUAUGCACCGACAACUCCACUAAUCCAUGUGUGGCGGCUCCUAGAAACAGCAGCCUGUUUAACAGCCAGAAGGGCGACGGGCCUAUUAUGAUUUAUGAAAAGGGAUGCCUUCCAUACACCAUAAUGAGUAUGAUUAGGACUGUGUUGGGCAUAACAAUGGGAAUCAUGUUAUUGUGGAUGUUGUCAGCAGUAUUGUGUAUAGCCAUCUUGUGCCAGCUCGAUCGGAAGAAAGACACCCCUGCAGUGGUCUACAGUGCAGAGGCAAAAGCAAGCAACUACACCACUCCUGAUUUCUUUGUUUCUGAUUCAGCAUGUUAAGCAAAGCUAAGGCAAACCUUAGCUUAACCGCUCCCACACAUCACCUUGGGACAUUAAAGUUCCAUUUGAUGCCAUCCUGAAUAAAAGCGUUUUGAAUUUUAGCAUGGUUCAGCUCAGCCAAGCUCUCUUUCAACUCUCAAUUUGCACCAACAAAAUUUGUAGCAUUGGACGAAACUGGGCCUUGUCUACAGACGAACCUCCAGACAGCAUUUAUACAGCAGUCUUUACUGAGUGUUUAUGCAAUUUCCAGAUGUACUGCACGACUGGUCAAACAAAUAAAAAGAACUCUAUACCUUUUAAA